UAGGCAUGAUUAUGAAACUGUUGCUGCUUUUUCCAAAUUAAAGCUUGGAGGCCACGGAAGCUUCCGUUCGAAUUUAUGGAAACACGACUGACUCGGUUUUCGAAAACAGACGUAGGUUCGUGUCCGAACGAGAGCCUCGGAGAUAGGUUCAGUCAACGUUUGGGCCCACAAAAGACUUUAGGUUUGCCUCGUUUGUCUGAGAUCCUUUUAUCCGAAGCUGAGGUUGCGCCUACAAACCUCUCAUAAGAGGCCCCAAGCUGAGUUUUCCCGCUCACUUACACUCUCUCCUGAAGUCACACACAAUUCGGUUUGCUUAAUCGAGUGGGGAAAAGUGAAAACUUCCUAUAAACUUGUUAAGCAAUUUACACGCUCUCUCUCUCUCUCUGAUUCUUGAGCUUUCUUGUUUCUUAGACAUGUCAAGGAGUUGGCUAGUUAACGGUAGAGCAAUAGCAAAGAAAGUGAGAAAUGCCACAAGAUCAUCUUCUCAACAAAUCAAGGACUGUGGGGCAAAUCGGGAAUGCCCAAAUUGCCAUUUUUGCAUUGAUAACAGUGAUGUUUCUCAAGAAUGGCCCGGCUUGCCGGUUGGUGUCAAGUUUGAUCCAUCUGAUGUAGAGCUCUUAGAACAUUUAGCUGCAAAAUGUGGUGUCGGAGACUCAAAGCCUCACAUGUUUAUCGAUGGGUUUAUUCUAACACUUGAAGGGAGCCAAGGAAUUUGUUAUACCCAUCCAGAAAAUCUUCCUGGUGCUAAGAAAGAUGGAAGCAGUGUCCACUUCUUUCACAGAACAAUGAAUGCGUAUUCUUCUGGUCAAAGGAAGCGCCGUAAGAUUCACAAUCAACAUUGUUUAACUGAAGAGCAUGUCCGCUGGCACAAAACUGGUAAGACCAAGCCUGUGAUAGAUAAUGGAGUGCAGAAAGGAUGGAAGAAAAUCAUGGUUCUUUAUAAGAGCUCAAAGAAGGGCAGCAAGCCAGAUAAGUCCAAUUGGGUAAUGCAUCAGUACCAUUUGGGGACUGAAGAAGAUGAAAAGGAUGGUGAAUAUGUGGUCUCUAAAAUUUCCUAUCAGCAGCAGAAGCAAAAUGAAAAGACUGAAGAAUGUCCAGUUAUUGAAGAUUCUGAUCAUUUGGCUCUUGAAACUAGUCCGAGGACCCCAAAUACAAAUCCUCCUAUUCCUCCCCGACCUGAGACAUCUUUAAAAUGUGAUAAUGCUGUUGAUGGUAAUAUGGCAACAUCACCUUUAGAGGUACCAGAGCUUAUUAUAGAAGAAUCAUCUGCUCCUUUAUCUGCUGCUGUUCAGCCUGAAAACCAUCUAGGGAGCAUGACAUGGUUGGCAGGUGAAUCUCAGGAUGUAGACUAUCCUGAUUUGAAUUCUAUUGAGGAAUCUUUGUUGUGCAGGGAGGAAAACAUUUCUUCUGCUUUCUUAGGCAAAUCAGGAAUUAAUAAUGUCUCAUACACCGAUAUUUUGUAUGAUUCAAAUAACAUGAAAGGGAUCAACAGUGCACCCUGUGGAAUUUCUGAUCUGGAAAACCUAGAACUGGAUACUCCACCAGAUUUUUCGAGUGAUCUACAGACAUUUUCUGGGGAAAGUCUUUUCGAUUGGAUAGACCGAAUCUGAAGAACAAUCACGCAAGCCUGACAAUAGAUUUUGAAGUUGCAUUUUGUUUGACCCUGGCUGAAGUUGUUUUCCUCACUAGCAUUUUCUUCAGCAGCAAAGAAUCAACUUGAGGCGUUGUCUAAACAGUUGAUGAAUCUAACAAGUCCACAAAGCUUGCUGUGGAGUGGUUGCUUUAGCUUUCUAGCGUUAUUUAUCAUUUUUUUUUUCUGGAGUUUGAUUUAAGCAGAAAUGUUCCUGGGGGUUUUUGUGUUGCAGAAUAUGUUAUGCAGCAGUGAGGUCGUGAGAUUCAGAGAUUGAUUUUGUCUUAUUCUGAUAAACUAUUUGACAUUAUAAAGAUUGAUGCUUUAUUACUGACACAAA